CUAGGCCGACGUUGUCAUCACCGCCUUGGAUUGGUUAGUUCUGAAUUUUUAUUGAAUUUGGGAUUUUUAUUUGUUUGAACUGUUCGGUUCCAGUUCUUGAGUUGUUGGAGCUUUCGCACGGCUGGCAAUUGGUACUGAAUCACAUGAUAGUUCCAAAAGAUUAGAGCUUUUUUUCAUUGGGGAAAAAGAUUGGAGCUUUUUGAUCGGCAUUGGAGAAUUCUCCAUCAAUGGAGAUUCUUCCAAGGAAAAUGAAAACAUCCAGUUGGAUAUCGAUCUGGACUGGUCUAUUCCAGAUCCAAUGCUUGGUUGCUGUUCAAGAAUUUCUAUGUUCAAUUGUUGAGCAAAUCAUCACUGUUGCAGCAAUGGGGGAAACAGAAAAGAUGAAAUGAUUGUGGAGUGCAUUGGAAACAAAGCAAGCAGGAUGGCUGAGCUCAGUAGGUUGCUUUAGAAGCAAUUUACCGACAACAGCCAAGAGAGGUCCCCUUCAUGCUCUGAAGUCUCACCAGUCAGGCAGUCACCAGUGUCCUUUCCUGAUGUGUCAUGAAUUUGUUUUUUCCUUCACCAGACCCUGAUCCUAAUGUCAAAGCAACACUUGUACCUCUCUGUUUUCCUUUUCUUUUUUAUUUGAUCUUUAUAAGGAGGCACCCAUGGGUGCUGAGCAGUAACGGGGCCAACAUCAUGGCGUUCUUCAACAGCGGGUCGCGAACGCUGGUAGAAGUCCUGACGAGAAUGCAGAGUGCUGAAAGACCAGUGCCUGUUGAUCACACCUUCUUCGAGUUUGGAUCAAUUCGAUAUCAUGUAGAGGCUUCAGCAUCAGAUUCUGAGAACAUAUAUUUGUUGAUAUCAACACCAUCUCUCUCCCACGAAGCUUCACCCUCCUCGAGCGGGUUGCCUGAAAUCACACUAGAGGAGACGAGGAAGAUGUAUCAGAAGUUCGCAAAGAUUAUCGAGCCACCUAAAGAAGGAUAUGUCCUGACACUGAAAUUGAACUUCUCCAGCCUUGCUCGACCAAUUCUGGACAAGCUACUUUUGUAUACCUUUUACAUUGUGGGGUUAGGAAAUGGGGUGAGAAAGCCACUAUCCAAUAGUCAGAUGGACCAUAAAUUAUUUGUUUUAGAUGUAUAUAAGCCUCCAUAGCUAUGUUUGCCUUCUUUCUGAGAAAUUCUGGACUUCUGGUAGGAUCUAGACUAGGUGUUGGGUCAUAGCCAAAUGUUGUAUACUCGAUCUAUUUGUUAGAAAUGGCGGGAUAUUCAAACAAUUGGCCGA